UUCAGGAGCAAGUGUUACUAUAGCAUCAAACCUGAGGUCGUCUUCAAACUUUACUAAAUACAUUUAUAAGUUGGAACCAAACAUGUGCAUCAAUAGAAUCCCUCCUGCUACAGUGGGCUACUGUGUUUAUGAUCAGAGAUUCACACUGUAUGAAAGUAAAGCAGGACGCAUGAUGGUGUUGAUCAGAGAACUGAGUCUACAGGACGCUGGAGUCUACAGGAUUGGAGUGGGAAAUGUGUUCAGGGAAAUGAAUUUAAAGAUUCUGAGCAGUUCUUGUUGUGUGAAGUCAGAACGAGUGACUGGGCAUCUGAAUGGGAAUGUUGUCAUUCGUUGUGACUAUCCAGAGGAGCAUGAAGAAAAAUGGAAAUACUUAUUCAAGCUGAAUGACCACAGAGUUGAAAGAGUCAUUUUCUGUGAAUCCUUUGAUGAAUACCAAAAGAAAAGAUUUUACAUUGUUGAUAAUACCCAUUCAAAAAUGUUCACUAUACAUAUCAGUACUGUGACUGGUGAAGAUGGAGGAGUUUAUUACUGUGGUGUAGGGCCAAGAAAAUACUCAUUUAACAGCAUCACUACAAUCAAAACUGUCUACCUGAAUGUUACUGAGAAAGUGGCUUCAGUCAGAAUUUCUGGCUUAUUGGGAGGACGCAUCAUGGUGGAGUGUAAACACCCUGAAGAAAACCAUAAAUCCAAGUUCAUCUGUAAAGAAUCACAAAAGGAAUGCUCUGAGAAAACGUACAGCAGGAAGCAGUACCAAUGGGAGAAAACUGGUGGAUUUACAGUGUUUGAUGACACCAGUAGAGGAAGCUUAAUGGUGUUCCUUAUAAAUGUGACAGAAGGAAUCUACAGGUGUGGAGUUGAUGUAUCAGAGUUUUAUGAGAAGUACACAGAAGUGACAGUGGAAGUGACGGAAGAUCCUUGCUGUGGAAAGACGAUCUCCCAGGUUGGUCGUAUUGGUGAAACUCUUAAAAUCGUCUGUCAGAACCCGCUGACCUUCAGAUCUAAUCCAAAAUACUUCUGCAAAGAGGAAGACGACCACAUCUGCCAAGACAUCAGCUCACUCAGACCUGCAGGGAAAUAUUCCUUAUCCAUCCUCAACCGAACAGGACUCUUCAUAGUGUCCGUAUUCAAUCUGACUCUUAGCGAUGCUGGAGUUUACUGGUGUGGAGUUGAGACCAGUAAAGGAGAUCUUAGGUACACUUCCCUGACCACAAAAGUGCAAAUCAGUAUUAAAUUCGAUGCACUGAUUGGUUACGAAGAUAGUGUGAUCCAGAUCAGAUGUCCCUAUGCCUCAAACUUUAAACAACAUUCAAAGCAUUUCUGUAAGGAAAAUGAAGAGAAAAAAUGUUUUACACAACAGAAAAACCUGCAACCUUCAACUCAGAGAUUCUCUCUGAGUAACAACAUCACCGCUGGAGUCUUCACUGUGACCAUCAGAGGACUGACUGCAGAGGAUGCUGGGAAAUACUGGUGUGCUGUGAAGACAGGAGACGUCUUGAUGAAGUAUCUCUCCAAUGAACUGAAGAUCAUCAUGAAACAAGAGCUUCGUGUGAUUGGACGUGAAGCACUCAAUGUGUCCAUCAGCUGCAUCUCUUCUAGAACAAUUGAUUCAGAGAAAAAGAAUAACGGAAAGUUUUUCUGCAUGGGGAAACAUCCCUCCAGCUGUGACCAGGAUGAAGUUAAAGUAUCAUCAGAGAGAAACAGGAGAGGCAGAUUCUCUCUGAGUGAUGAUGCAUCUUCAGGAAUCUUCACGGUGAGCAUCACUGAUCUGAGAGAAGAAGACUCAGGGACGUACUGGUGUGGAGAAGAGAGCUCUGCAUCUGCCAUCUACACCAAAGUUCAUCUGCUAGUUACGAAAGACUUUCCAGGUUUCUCUGCCAUCAUCUUCAUCACUGGCAGUGUCUCUGUGGUUCUGCUUCUGAUUGGAGGACUGAUACUAAUCUUCUGCAAAACAAGAUGCACCAAAACACAAGGCCCCUCCUCAACCAAUAGGACAGUCCCAGUAAAUAAUGAAGAGGUUCUCUCUGCUAAUCAUGACUAUGAGGAGAUUAAUCCCACCACACAUCGUUCUCGGAGGAAUGCCUCAUCACCCAAUAACAGAUCUGAUACGGAAAAUACAGAAGCAUGUAUCUACUCUACUGUGCAACUGCCCAAAGAAGAAGGUCUAACUUACGCUACUGUGAGCUUCCAGAAGAACCCGGAUUCUCCCAGUGAUGGAUCAGUCACUGUCAUAAAGGAUGACUCUUCUACUGAGUACGCCAUGAUCAAACACCACUCGAGACGGAAGUGAUCUGCUGACUGCU